CAUCCCACCACCGUCAAUGAAUAAAAUAAUCAAAAAGAAAAAAAAGUUAUAAUUAAUGCUCAUACCAUUAAUCCACAGUUGAAUUUGUAAUUGGAGUUGAAAUUUGAAGGAUGAGUACCGCUCCUAUUAUGGAUGAGAGAUUUUGUUUUAAAGAAGAAAUGAAUCUGACUAUUCAUAAGAGUUCAUUGUUCUAUCCUGGUGAUGGUUUCAUUGCUUAUAAUCCGGGUGGUGAAAUUGUUUUUCGAGUGGAAUCGUAUUGUCCCGCUUCAAGAAGCAAGGAUGAACUCAUUCUCAUGGAUUCUACUGGUGCUUCUCUUGUCACCCUCCAACGCAAGAAGCCAAGCCUUCAUCAAAGGUGGGAAGGAUUUCUUGGACAGAAAAAAGAAGGUCAAGAACCAAUCUUCACCAUUCACAAGUCAUCAAUAAUAGGACAAUAUGACAUAGUAGCACAAGUCCACAGUACUGAUCCAGUUCAAGAAUUCAACAUUGAAGGGUCUUACUUGCAAAGAAGCUGCACAAUCUUGUACAAUAAUAAUCCUAGAACUGAUCAGAGUAGUAGUGAAAGAACAAGAAAACACUAAAGUGGUUGUAGCUGAGAUCAAAAGGAAAAUGGACCCUGACACAAAGGUUGUAUUGGGCAAGGAUGUUUUCUUGCUGUGUCUCAAGGCUGGCAUUGAUGGGCCAUUCGUCAUGGCUUUAGUCCUUGUCCUUGAUCAAAUGGAAGGACAUGACUUUAAAGAGAGUGGUGAUACGGUUAAUUUCACUUUUGAACACUGAACUUUACUUACUAUAAUUAAAGACGAAUUCAAAAAUUUAUGAGUUUUACAAUGAGCUACAUUUGAAUUCAUAGUCAAA